CCGGGAAUGGGUGUACUGGGAAAUAAGUCAUCUAUGUCACGUACUUUCAAAGUGCGUAUGUGGAAAAAUUACAACCAGCAGGUGGUAUAAAAGCGACCAAGAACUGACAUCCGACAUUCAGUGAACUAACGGAUUUCCGUCAGUGUAGUGUAAAGUCCCACUUUCUCUCUUUGCGUGGUGUUACUUAGUGCAACAAACCGUUUUUGUCCGGGGAAAACUGUUCCAGUACGGCAGGUUCCGGGACCAGGUAACAAGCAAGAUGCGAAGAUCGAAGGUGGAUUCCUGCGGAACUGUGGUGCUACUAUUCCUUGCACUGCUCUCCAUAACGGGUACAAGUAGUGGAUCACACCAGUACAUGGAAACUUCGUCGCCGCGCAAGGCACACUACUGCGGGGCAAAGCUGAGCGAUACGUUGGCCGAACUGUGCAACAGGUUUAAUGGACUUCGGAAGAAAGCGGACAACUUCCUAAUGUCCAACCAUGAGGCACACCUGCUGCAUGACGUUCAGAAUGAUAUGGAACAGCUCCGCACACUGCAGGAUCAAUCGUCCAAUAUGAUCUACCAGGCGCUGGUGACGCUGCAGCAUCUUAACUCGCACGAGCAAAACUUCCGACGUGUACGGCGCCAGGUGGUGGCCGAAUGUUGCUAUCAAAGCUGCACGAUCGAUACGCUGAAAAGCUACUGUGCCGACACAAUUUACUUACAGAGUGUGCUAAACUACAGCAAGACUGUGCGUGAAGAUCAUCGUAAACAAAGACGCACCAUUGUUACCAUCAUGUCGUCUACAAAUGGAGCCGGUAGCGGAACUUUCUACAUGCUGCAAGUGUUGGCACUUCUCUGGACGAUCGCAGUAGUAUCGGCAAACAAGCGAUACUGUGGUGCCGAGCUGGUCAAGGUAUUAUCCUUCCUGUGUGACGAAUUCCCCGAUCUGCAUACAUCGAGCAAGAAAGCUAUGGAUACCUUCAUGAAGACGGACGUGAGCAAUGAUGAGUGGAUGAACACGGACGAUAAUUCGCAGCAGCAGCAGCAGAUGAUAAUGGAUCAGCAGCUCCAAUCAGUUGGUAUGUCGGACGAACGGUCCUCCGUACCGGCCUGGAUGAACAUGGUAUACCCGUCGAACUACAUGUAUCGCCAUGGAGCGGGACACAACGAGCUGAUACCGGCACGCUUCCGUAAAAGUCGCGGUGGCAUUGUGGAGGAGUGCUGUUUGCGACCCUGUGGCUUGAACCAGUUGCUGCAGUAUUGUAAGAAGGCCAGCGCAUUUUAAGCCACCGCCAGGACAUCGCAACUGUAGCACACACCGUUCACACAAGCGUUCGAUCGAUUAAUCUCCAUUAUUGAAUUGAAUGUUGUCGAAUCGUGGUAUUGAUGGAUUUGAGGCCUGAGUGGACAGGGGGAAUGAUGCGUACAAAAUCGUACAAAACAAAAACAAAAAAACAACAAAUUUAACUACAAAUCGUACACACUGCACUUCUGCAAAUCUUACCUAUAAAUAUGUAACCUAAGCUCACAAGCUCUCGCUGUUAAUUAUGGUCGCUUUCUAUUUUACAAUGUUGCUACACUUGCACGGUUGCGGCAAGCAGUUCAGAUGAUGUUGUAAGGAUGCCUAUUUAGCUAGCCAAAAACAGGCGUAGUACCAUUGACCGGGUACGGUUAUUAGUGGAAAUUUGGAAUUAUACAAUAAAAAACAAAUCUAUUAAUUAUUGGCCAUUUGCAAACAUUUGAAAACAAAAAAAAAAGCACAAACAAAAUUGCAUUACCGACGUGAAGUGAAUUUAUUGUAAA